AUGAGUGCCGAGAGCGCAUGGCUCGCGGCCUCGAACAUGUGCGAGGCCAGCGGCACCCCAAAAGGUGUACCAGACUGGGUGGCAUGGGCGCUGCGCGCAUGGUGGCAGUGCCCUGAGAUGGAGAUUUACCCGGGCCCCGCGUUCCCAUGGCUCGCGGACCAGCAUCACCACUUCGACCGCAUCGGCGGCCACCUGACAGACGCAGCCGCGGCCAUGACGAGAGUUCGUUCUCUGGAAGACCUGGAAGGAGUCAUGAAGUUUGGCGACUCUUGGUUCGGCCUAUCCUACCUGUCCUGCCCGAUGAAGGUCAGCGCGCCUGCAUGGAGUAGUCGGGAUGGGUUCGACGAUAGAGGGCCCGAGCGCGACGAGAGCAAUCCCGUCGCCGACCAGAGCAACCCUGACGCCAACGAGGGCAAGCUCGUCGCCGACCAGAGCAACCCUGACGCGAACGAGAGCAAGCCCGUCACCGACCAGAGCGACCUCGACGACGAUCAGAGCAAGCAAGCCCGUUGCCGACCAUAG